AUGUCCAUCACAGCGACUGACACGUCUCAGACAUUCCCCGCUCUCGUCUCAGCCAACAGCCACUUUCAGCUCAGCCUCGUCUCACUUCUUCGGUGCGUCUUCGAUGCUUCCAGUGUUGAUAUGCAAAUCAAGCCAGAGGGUGAUUUCUACCAUCCUCGGGCCUCUCCCUUUGAUACGACACCGGGGUCUGCCUCCGUUGGUCUAGUAGCACCUCCAAUCACCGGCCCGGCUGUGGCUAAAUGCUGA